GCUCACCAUGGCCGAGUUGCUGCGGAGCCUGCAGGAUUCUCAUCUCGUCGCCCGCUUCCAGCGCCGCUGCGGGCUCUUCCCGGCGCCGGAUGAAGGAGCCCCAGAGAGCGGCGCGGGCCCCGCGGAGGACGCGGCGCUGGCGCCGGGCCCCGGGCAUCUCUCUGCGGCCAAUGGCAAGGGCGGCUGGGGGCCGGCUAACGGGCUGCGGAGAGUCUUGGCCCCGCAGGCUUCUGCACAGAAGUACAUUGUGAAGAAUUAUUUCUACUAUUACCUCUUCAGAUUCUCAGCGGCUUUGGGUCAAGAAGUGUUCUACAUCACCUUCCUUCCAUUCACGCACUGGAAUAUUGAUCCUUAUUUAUCCAGAAGACUGGUCAUCAUAUGGGUUCUGGUGAUGUAUGUUGGCCAGAUAGCCAAGGAUAUCCUGAAGUGGCCCCGCCCCUUCUCCCCUCCCGUCGUGAAACUGGAGAAGAGAGUGAUUGCUGAGUACGGAAUGCCAUCGACUCACGCCAUGGCGGCCACCGCCAUCUCCUUCACCCUCCUCAUCUCUACGAUGGACAGAUACCAGUAUCCCUUUGCUUUGGGGUUGCUGAUGGCUGUGGUGUUUUCCACCUUGGUGUGUCUCAGCAGAGUCUACACCGGGAUGCACACGGUUCUGGAUGUGCUGGGCGGCAUCCUGGUCACCGCAGUCCUCAUUGUCCUCACCUACCCCGCCUGGACCCUUAUCGAUCGCCUGGACUCGGCCAGCCCCCUCUUCCCCGUGUGUGUCAUCGUGGUGCCGUUCGUCCUGUGUUACAACUACCCCGUGUCCGACUACUACAGCCCCACCAGGGCUGACACCACCACCAUCAUGGCCGCGGGGGCGGGGGUGACCUUAGGGUUCUGGAUCAAUCACUUCUUCCAGCUCGUGUCCGCGCCCACCGAGUCUCUCCCUGUCCUUCAGAACAUCCCGCCGCUCACCACCGACAUGUUAGUUUUGGGCCUGACCAAGUUCACUGUGGGAAUCGUGUUGAUCCUCCUGGUUCGCCAGCUUGUACAGAAUCUCUCACUGCAAGUGUUAUACUCGUGGUUCAAGGUCGUCACCAGGAACAAGGAGGCCAGGCGGAGACUAGAGAUCGAAGUGCCUUACAAGUUCGUCACCUACACGUCCGUUGGCAUCUGUGCGACCACCUUCGUGCCGAUGCUGCACAGGUUUUUGGGAUUGCUCUGAAGCUCAGGUAGCUGGAAGGGAGCCCACUGGACAGGAGAGCCAGAACAGGAAAGCAGUUGGGUGGGCAAGUUUUGACAUCACCUUUUUCUUAAAAAAAUUAUAAUAAUCCUAAAUCAUAUGUCUGUUUUGCUGAUGUCUGAGAUAAAUGUUGCUGCUAUGUGAAGGGAAAUAGUCCCCUGGGGGCCGUCAGUGUGGAAGCAUCGUGCCCCAGGUGAAGCCAGGCUAAAAACCCAGGUCAGUUCUUUAAGGGUGGGUCCCCCACCCCCACGGCCCCUGGACCUAGUCGUGGGCUGGCAGGAAUCGUGGCCUGGCUCGGGAGAUCCGAGAGAGACAGGCAUGAUCUGAGGCUGGAGGCCAGGCGUCUCCAGUUACGACCUUGCCCAUCCCCGAGUCUCAGAUCCAAACUUGGUUGGUCCGGAGAAGGGGCGUCGCUGCGUAGGACUGCAUUCCUUGGACAGGGCGGUUUUGUUUUUGUUACGAUAGACCGCGCCCGCUUGGGUGGCAAGAGCGCCCUGGGCCUCCCUGUAGGGCGAUAAGAGGUGGGAGAGACCCUGUGUCCCCCGAGUCCCGCUGUCUGUGGGUGUGGGUGUUGACACAGCAUCUGCCCCUCCUCGUGAGUGUUGCAGAGUUCCGGGUAGGCUUUCCAUGCUCUUCUGGUCCAGGGAAGCCGCUAGCUUCAUCUGGGCUCCUCAGAGUGUUCUGCUCUCUCCUGCCUCACAGGGACUUGGGGCCAGCCCUCUGCCCACCGUUAGGUGUUUCUUUUUGUUUCGUUUUUUUUGUUGUUGUUGUUUUUGGU